CAUAAUGGAAGACUCUGAGGGAUGUGCUCCUGCUCACAUGGGUGUUGAAACAUUAUCGUUAUGUUGCUCUUAAAAAGGUGGCACACCCUAAUAUCACACUCACACGGUGUUGCUGGAACACAGCUGAUAAUCAUAUCACAUUCACUAACUGAGACACACGUUCCUUCUCUCCUCCCUGCGUCUCCUUUCAUGUUAGUCGAUGCAUACAUGCUUCUAUGCAUCACACAAGACAAUGACGCAAACACAACAAGUCUGUUCACUCUCUGCUGAGGGCUGAAACACAUAUUGCUUGUCCUGAUUUAACAGAGCGUGGAGUUUGGAGACUGUCACACACACACACACAUUACACAUUGUCUGAUUCCCAUCGGCGGUCUUUCCUAUUGCCAAUAGUUCCUGAUUAUCACAACCCAGAGGUCUCAGGGCCAAAACAAUUCAAGCAGGGUACACACACAACACAGUAUCCUGUGAUAGAGGCACUAUCAGCACCUGACACCUCGAAAACAGGAAAAACGUUUCAGCAGGAACACAGAUGUGUUGGUGCGUUGAGGGGAGGAGCGUGACACGGCUAUAUAUCCCCUGUGGACGGAAAUCUUAACUUCACUCCGCUGAGAGAGGAGAGGGACCGUCAUGUCGUACUAUGAGCAUAUCGUCUUCGACUAUGACCUCAAUGACACCGGCUCAGGUUCUGGUUCUGGUGACAUGGGGGUGGAUCUGCAGGAGCUCUGUGACAUGGAGCAUGUGAUUACUGAUGAGCUCCAGCAGGUCUUCUUGCCUGUGGUCUACGCCCUCAUCUUCAUCCUGGGCAUCACUGGAAACGGCCUGGUUGUCAUAGUACUGGGCUGCCAGCGCAGGUCAAAGUGCAGCCUCACAGACCGGUAUCGGCUACAUCUCUCUGCUGCUGAUCUCCUCUUUGUUCUGGCGCUGCCGUUCUGGGCCGUGGAUGCAGCUCUGGCCGACUGGCACUUCGGAGAGGUCACCUGCGUUGGUGUGAACGUUAUCUACACAGUCAACCUGUACGGCAGCGUGCUCAUCCUGGCAUUCAUCAGCCUGGACCGCUACCUGGCUGUAGUCCGAGCCACAGACACCAACACCGGCGAGCUGAGGCAGCUGCUGGCACACAAACUGGUUUAUGUUGGUGCCUGGUUGCCCGCCGGCCUCCUGGCAGUGCCAGACUUGAUCUACGCCCGCACUCAGGAAGGAGGCGAGGGGGCCACUCUGUGCCAGCGAUUCUACCCAGCAGACAACGGUCCCAUCUGGGUUGCAGUCUUCCACCUCCAGCUGGUCCUGGUGGGUCUGGUGAUCCCAGGUCUGGUCCUCCUUGUGUGUUACUGUGUCAUUGUCACCAGGCUGACCCGUGGCCCGCUCGGGGGUCAGAGGCAGAAGCGGCGAGCUGUCAGGACCACCAUCGCGUUGGUCCUCUGCUUCUUCGUGUGCUGGCUGCCCUAUGGAGCGGGCAUCUCUGUGGACGCUCUGCUGCGCCUGGAGGUCCUGCCGCGCAGCUGCAGACUGGAGGCCGUCCUGGGCGUGUGGCUGGCGGUGGCUGAGCCCAUGGCGUUCGCACACUGCUGCCUGAACCCACUGCUGUACGCCUUCCUGGGGGCUGGGUUCAAGAGUUCAGCACGCAGAGCCCUCACUCUGAGCCGAGCCUCCAGUUUGAAGAUUUUACCACGAAGACGCCCGGGGGCCUCCACGACCACAGAGUCCGAGUCCUCCAGUUUACACUCCAGCUAGUGUUUGCUUGUGCUGUAUAUAUGUGUAAAUACUGUGUAUAUGUGUGUGUGUUUAGUGUGUGAGAGGAGCAGUCUGCUGGCCCAUGACUUGUCUUCCUCCUUCACUGUGAGGUUUCUCCUAUAAAUACUGUCAUCAGGUUUGUUUCACUGCUGCUGUGCUUGUUGUUUACUGUUGUAGAUGUUUGUAAUAAAAUAUGCAAAAUACC